CAGCCCCACCCAGUUUAGAGAAUGCCUCAGUCUUUCCCCCCUCCCUUCUUCACCUGGCUCUUAAAGGCCUCAGCCCAGUGUCCCACAGCUACUUAAAGUACAGCAGGGCAGCAGGCAGCAGCUGCACCAAGACUGUUCUGGAAGGGGUGGACAGGGCAAAACCCUGGUCAUGACCCCCUACAGGCUGCUGCCACUGCUGUUACUGCUAACUCUUCUGCUUGCUGCCCACCCAGAAAGUGCCUUAGCACAGUGCCCAGGCUGCCGGCAGCGGGUGCAGGAGGGUUGUCCUGGAGGCUGCCUGGAGGAGGAGGCUAGGAGGCCCACAAUGGAGGGCUGUGCAGAAGCUGGGGAUUGUGUCAGGAAAGAGGGACAGCUGUGUGGGGUCUAUACGCCUUACUGCACCCCAGGACUGCAAUGCCAGCCCACCAAGGAUGAGGAGACACCUUUGAGGGCACUGCUGCUGGGCAGAGGCCGCUGUCUUCCGGUCCGCAAGCCCUCAGGGGAGAAUCCUAAGGAGAGUAAACCCCACCGAGGUGCAACCCGCUCACAGGACAUGAACCGCAGAGACCAACAGAGGAACCCAGAGGCCUCCAGCACUUCCUCCAGGGCCAAUCCUGGGGGUGUCCAAGACACUGAGAUGGGCCCCUGCCGCAGACAUCUGGAUUCAGUGCUGCAGCAACUCCAGACAGAGAUCUUCCGGGGGGCUCAGCCCCUCUAUGUGCCUAAUUGUGAUCACCAAGGCUUCUACCAGAAACAGCAGUGUCGCUCUUCCCAGGGGCACCGCAGAGGUCCCUGCUGGUGUGUGGAUCGGAUGGGCCAGCCCUUACCAGCGUCUUCAGAUGGUGAUGGAAGCUUCCUCUGCCCCACUGGGAACAGUGGCUAAAGCUCAAUAGGGAGCUGGCAGGGGCAUGGCAUCAUCAUCUCAAAAAACCCACCAGCCAGCUCUCUCAUUAUCUCCAUCAUCCUUGGGCCCUUAUAUAUCUAUUUAUAUAGAUAAAGAUUGAUGUCAUCAGCAUGGGGUGUUAAUAAAGCUGUUUGGGGAUCUCUGG